AUGGAUGAUGCUCUUCCUCUGGAGAAUGUCAAAACGCUCAUCGAAGAUGAAACAGUAAAAGUCGAAGUCAUCGAAGAAAUCGAAAAUACCCCCCAAUAUGGCGAUGACGAAGUCGCCGUGAAGCUUGAAUAUGCGGAAGACCCUCCUCCGACGGCAGCUGUCGCCCCGACGCCAAAGAAAACUCGCCGCCUGCCAUCAAUCCUGCAGAAACGAGCGAAGAGACCUAAGAUUUCCAACGGAGCUCAAGCUGGUCGCACGUCAUCAACACUGAUGUCUGCAGCACAAUUCCAGUCGAAUUCGCCAUCAGCACAAGAUGUCAAUUUAGCGAGCCGCAUCCUGCCAAUGCCACGGCGGAAUGGAGUGCCAUCUGCGCUGGAUGGAAGUCCUCAGCAAAAGCGGAUUAUCUUGCCGAAACCUAGAGCAGCUAUUCAAGGAAUCGCCAUAGGAAAUCCAGUCAAGAUCAAAGUUAAUGGAGUUCGAAAAACAUCAACCGAUUCUGACAAGUCCGACAAAAUCGCGUCAACGGCUCUUCAUCCCCAGCUGAGCCAGCCCGUCAUAACCUCUCCGCCCGAGCUCGAAGUAAAAACUCCAGACCCGCGGGAAAAGAUGAGGCCAGGAGAAGACUCAAGCCUGAAAGUAACGGGGCUGAUGAAAAUCAGCGGAACGGACCACUGGAACUUCAAAUGGGAUCUCACCGGUAGAGAAUACUGCUCUCGCUGCAACAAAAUCCACAACGUCGAUGAGAAAGCAGUAGAUGAUGAUGAGGGAGGUUUUCAUAUUGGAAAUUCUGUCGCGAAGAGUCACAAAUGCGUUGUCGACACGUGUGGAAUCUGCGGAAUGGAAUUAACGGGCGAUUCAGAACAGCUACGUCUGCGACACAUUCUUCACUGUGAAAAGGAAGAAAUAGAAACUGUUCGGGGAAAAGCCCUCUACAUCGCGGACAAGGGAAAAGAGAGACGUCAAUGCCGGAUUUGCAAUGAAGACUUUUCCAACAUGAUGCCCUCCGUGGAAUAUAGUUAUUUCCGAAGACAUUGCGCUUCACAUGUCAUCCCGGAUCAUAUUGACGGUCAAAAGUUCUUUUACAGAUGCUUCUACUGCCCAGAAAGAUACAAGAGUAAGAUGACUUAUGUAAAUCAUCUUUUCUACCAUUACCAAAAUGGUGUCCACUGCGCAGACUGCCAUUUUCUAUCGCACGAAGAAGGAGAAAUGUUUCUACACAAAAUAUGCCAUGGGAGAGCCACGUGUCCUUCUUGUCAGGGAUAA